AUAUCGCUCUCUUGCUGGCUCGCUCACAGUGGAGAGAAGUCGAGAAGGAGAAAAGUAGAACUACAGAGACAAUGGAGGGUGAGUUUAACGGAAGACCAGAAGCUCAACGAUGUCUAGGAAUAGCAGAGAAGCUUCUCACGGCUCGAGAUCUCGUUGGAAGCAAAAAUUUUGCAGCUCGAGCUCAGGAAAACGACCCUUUUCUUGAUGGAGUAGACCAGAUCCUCGCCAUCGUAGAUGUCCUUCUUGCAGCCGAGAAGCGGAUCAACAACCACUUUGACUGGUACGCAAUACUGCAACUUGGUAGCCAGUCUAACGAUUUGGAACUCAUCAAGAAAAAGUACAAGAGACUUGCCUUGCUCUUGCAUCCGGACAAGAACAAGUCUGUCUUCGCCGAUAACGCCUUUAAGUUUGUUGUCGAUGCUUGGGCCGUGUUAUCUAACCCAUCCAAAAAAACCCUCUAUGAUAACGAGCUCAAUCUCUUCUCCAAACUCGUUUCAAGCCAACCCUUACAACAGCAUCAACAACCAGUGAAGGUAAAUCCUCGCGACAAGAAGAGGAAAGCGUCGAAGGAACAAAAUUUUAACUCCGGUAGUAGCAGGAUCCGAUCGUUGAUGUCUACUUUCUGGACGACUUGUCCGUACUGCUAUAAUCUAUACGAGUACCCUAGGGUUUACGAGGAAUGUUGUCUCAGGUGUGAGAAAUGUAAGAGGGCUUUUCAUGCUGUCAUGGUUAAAUCCCUUCCUCCAUCCCUCCCUGGCAAAGAGGAGUUCUACUGUUGUUGGAGUUUAUUCCCUUUGGCCUUCUCAGUGUCUAAUUCGGGUAGUGGUAAACCUAAAUUUCCUGGCUUCCCUAAUUGGAUGUCUUCAUCUCCUAUGUUUCCACCCCCUCCUUCUACGGACAAAAAUGCCGAGUUUCCUAAAUGGAUGCCCUUCUCUCCCAUGUUUCCAUCUCAACCUCAAGGGGAAGGUAAUCGUUCUGCUACAGCAGCAGCUCAGGUUAAUUUAGAUAAUGAUGGUCAUGAUGAUUAUGGCAUUAUUGAAGAUGGGAAUUUGAGCACUCAUGUUCAGAAGAGAGCUUUGUCAAAUAAAAAAACCGAGGAGAACGCUCAGGGUGAGGCUAAGAAGGAUGAUGAUGUAAGGACGGAAGCGCUUAGUGUUACAAUUCCUAAGCCUCAAAUGAGGAAGAAGACAGUUGCAAAGAGAACUCAGAAACAGAAGGGCAGAGGCCCCCAGGGUAAGAAAGCAGAAAGUAGAGCAGCCCGAGAAUCAGAGAAGCUUGAUUUGAAUGGGGAAUGGGGGAAUGAGGCUAAGGAUUCUGAACCCACAACUGGGGAAGGAACGGAUGCAGGGAGUGGAGAUGAGGAUGUUGCUUCAGGGAGUGGCUUCUUUGAGGGACUUGAUGAAUUCCUGGGCAAUCUGCCAAUACUUAAUGCUGUAAAUGAUGGUGAAAAGGUCGAAGGAGGUAGUGCAUAGUUUGGGAUUACUCACUAGCUUUUGUUUGUAAGUUUUUCUUAGUGUUCAAUGUAACAAUCAGUGACCAGAAUUUUCGCUUUACUGGUUGCCCUCUUAGGUCGGAUGUAUAUUUUGCAGCAAUGUGAUCGAUCUUAUGCUGUUUAAAACCAUUCGAUGACUUGUUUUUAUGUAUGUAGAUUCUAACUUCCCUG